ACCAACAUAAACACAUUCGAGGUGGCGGCGCAAAUUUUUUACUUAAGAAAAACCAGAAUAAUUUAAAGAUAUAAGGAGUUGCGAACUGCCCGAAAGACCCAUGAAGAUCCCCAGAUCCGCUGCCCACUGUAGAUAACCGAAAAGAGCGCUUCCGCUUCCGGAGACGUGAUCAGGAUCAGGAUGUCGUCGACAUCGGCGGCUGCCUCAACAGCCCCCGCGCCAGCCAAAACGGAGGUGCGCUAUGUCACCGAAGUGCCCAGCAGCCUUAAGCAAUUGGCCCGCCUCGUGGUCCGCGGCUUCUACUCCCUGGAGGAUGCCCUUAUAAUCGACAUGCUGGUGCGGAAUCCCUGUAUGAAAGAGGAUGACAUAGGCGAAUUGCUGCGAUUCGAAAAGAAGCAACUGAGAGCAAGGAUCACCACUCUGCGCACCGAUAAGUUCAUCCAGAUCCGGCUCAAAAUGGAGACUGGACCGGACGGCAAGGCCCAGAAGGUUAACUACUACUUCAUCAACUACAAGACCUUUGUCAACGUGGUCAAGUACAAGCUGGAUCUAAUGCGAAAGCGAAUGGAGACCGAGGAACGGGACGCCACCAGUCGCGCCAGCUUCAAGUGUUCAAUUUGCUCGAAGACGUUCACGGACCUCGAGGCCGAUCAGCUUUUCGACAUGGCCACGCAAGAGUUCCGGUGUACGUACUGCGGCAGCUCUGUGGAGGAGGACAGCGCCGCCAUGCCGAAGAAGGACUCGCGCCUGCUGUUAGCCCACUUCAACGAGCAGCUGCAACCACUCUACGAUCUCCUGCGUGAGGUGGAAGGUAUCAAGCUGGCACCAGAAGUCCUAGAGCCGGAGCCUGUAGACAUAGACACCAUUCGAGGACUGAACAAACCCAAUCCCACGCGACCCGACGGCAUGGCGUGGUCGGGCGAGGCGACCCGAAACCAAGGCUUCGCCGUGGAGGAGACCCGCGUGGACGUGACCAUUGGUGGCGACGACACAUCUGACUCUGUUGUAGAGCGGAAAUCACGGCCGAUCUGGAUGACGGAGAGCACUGUGAUAACCGACACGGAUACAGCCGAUGGCUUGACAGAAGCAGGUCUAGGGGCAAGCGGAUCCGGGCAUCGAAACCGGAAGGAGAACGAGGAUAUCAUGUCCGUACUGCUGCAGCACGAGAAGCAGCCCGGCCAGAAGGAGACGCACAUGAAAGGGAUGCGAAUGGGCUCCUCCAACGCCAACUCGAGCGAUUCCAGCGACGAUGAGAAGGAUAUCGACAAUGCCAAGAUUCCUGAUGUCGACUUUGACGAGUACAUUAACUCGGACUCCGGGGAGGAGGAGGACGAUGUGCCCACUGUCCUGGUGGCAGGGCGACCGCAUCCGCUUGACCAACUGGACGACAAGCUGAUAGCGCAGAUGACGCCUCAGGAAAAGGAGAACUACAUACAUGUCUACCAGCAGCACUAUAGUCACAUCUAUGAUUGAUCCUGCAAUUAACAACAUCUCUUACCACGCGUUCCCCAUGUUCUGUCCCCCAACGCCCAACGCAUAGAGUCAUUCUAAUUAUAAGUUUAAAGUUGUACAAAAGAAAAGCGUAUACAAAAGAGUGCAUAAUGAAA